AUGUACGUAGUUGUCAUGGUUGGCCUUCCGGGCUCAGGGAAAUCAACUUUUGCUAAGCAGCUCUCUCAGGCAUCAAACUUCAAGCUCUUUGAGCUCGAUCAAGUUUUCGAAAAUGAUCCCUACAAUGAGAAGAUCAAUCGCCAAUACGUGUUUGAUCAGAUAGAAUCGCAAUUCGAGCAAUUUUCAAAAAAUAACAAAGAAUUCGGAUGCAUUGUUGACGAUCUCGGUCACCUACGCUCGAUCCGGCGUUUUUGGUUCAAUCUGGUCUGUGAGCAUCAGGAUCGUCGAAUAAUGCAGGGUCAAUACAAUAUUUAUGAGCAUGAUAGUGAUUAA